AUGCCAUCCGCAAAUGGCAAAGUCACAGGAGUCAACGGAAAAAUCACUCUCUCCAAAGUGCCACGGUGGCAGCAAGGCGUAUUUGCGUGUGAUAUAACACCCCACGUCUCAUUCAGGUUAUCUGUUUCUCUUCGGGGACAAGCUCGCAAAACCACUGGCAUCCCGGGCCGAUCUGAACGACUUUAUCAGGCCGCUCUUCUCAGACUGACGAGCCUUGCAAGAGGAGAUGGAGAUCCAACACGUCGCCAUUACGAUAUCCAACAAAGAGACCAGCUACGCCAGCAUUUCAUUUCAACUCAAGCCUUGUUCGCCAACGGCCGCAUCAACGGUGGUCAAAAGCCCGCCCGUCUCAGGACAGCGACUAUCCCACACGACAAUGCCGCGAUGCUCAGCCUGGUGACCUGCGCGGUUUUAUCACAUCGGCCCGACUACGUCCUCCACGAUCCUGGGAGACGUCCGUUGCGUUCGCUUCUUCCAGGACCACAUGUCGUACGACUACGUCUUCGCGCCGCUGACAACCGACUGUAUCAGUUCGCCGAGGGUCUCGGGUCCGACUCGUUGCCGGUGUAG